AUGGCUACUGGUUUUCAGUGUUUUUGGAGUCUUUCUCUAACACUUUCACUUUAUUUCAUUCAUUCAACAUCUUCUUCUCAUGUCUACAUUGUCUACUUAGGGCACGCCCACUGUACCGAUCCUCUCCUUACAUACGAGCAUCAUGUCCGCCAUCUUGCUAGCGUGUUCCAUAGCAAGGAGGAAGCAAAGGAGGCAAUGGUGUAUAGCUACAAACAUUCCUUGUCUGGAUUUGCUGCAACACUCAAUGCAAGCCAAGCAGCCAUCUUGACAAAUACGAGAGGCGUGAUAUCCGUUUUUAAGAGCAGGAUGAUGAAGCUGUGCACCACAAGAAGCUGGGAUUUCAUGGGACUUACCCUUGACUACAGUGGGGGAACUCCAUUGCAGCUUAGCCAUGGAGAGGAUGUCAUUGUUGGUGUCUUUGACUCAGGCGUGUGGCCGGAGUCGGCGAGCUUUCACGAGGAGCCCGGCAUGCCUCCGGUGCCAAAGCGGUGGAAAGGCACGUGCUCGCGCGGCGACAACUUCGACCCGAAGAAGCACUGCAACCGGAAACUCAUCGGAGCAAAAUACUUUAAAUCCGGGUUCGAGAGAUCCUACGGCAAGAUGGACAAAACUGAAAACAUAUCCGCCCGAGACAUCCUCGGCCAUGGCACGCACACCGCCUCCACCGCCGCCGGGUCGAGGGUGUGCACCGCGGGGCUCUCCGGGGGCGUGGCCCGCGGGGGCGCCCCGAGGGCGAGGGUGGCGGUGUACAAGGUGUGCUGGAGCUUAGGGGGCGUGGGGGCGUGCGCGGAGGCGGACGUGCUGGCGGCGUUCGACGAGGCGGUGCGCGACGGGGUGGACGUCAUAUCAGCGUCGAUAGGGCGGAGGGCGCCGGCGAGGCUGGGGUCGGCGGCCGGGCUGGGGUCGUUCCACGCGGUGCAGAUGGGGGUCAGCGUCGUCUUUGCAGCCGGGAAUGCGGGGCCCGAUUUGUCCACGGUGGAUAAUGUGUUUCCGUGGAGCAUCUCCGUCGCGGCUUCCACGAUUGAUCGGAGUUUCCCCACGGAGAUUUUGGUGGAUGACGAGGGCGCCGCCUUUGUGGGUGAAGCUUUGAUAGAGAAAGGUGUAAGCGGAGCCCUAGCCAGGACUAGAGAUUUUUUUAACAAUGGGAUUUGUGAUAUGGAUAAUCGGAACCUGACGGGUCGGUCAGCAUCGGGUUUGAUACUCCUUUGCUUCUCCGGGGAUGGAUCGGAGACGUUGAGCGUGAAGGCGGAGUACGCAGCAUCUCAAAUAAAUGCAACGGCGCUCAUCUUUGUGCAGCCAAUAACUAGGCCUGUUGCUGCUCUAAGCAUAAUCCCCGUUGUGCGUAUUGACUUAAUUCAGGGCACACAAUUGGGAAAACUAAAUUAUGGUACCAAGCUGCACAUCCGGCCGAGUGAAACGGCUUUAAAAAGGUCGUCGGCGCCCGUGGUCGCGGCUUUUUCCUCGAGAGGCCCUAGCUCGAUUUCGCCCGAGUUUCUCAAGCCAGACAUCAGUGCCCCGGGAGUGAACAUAUUGGCGUCGUGGUCACCCAAGGCUCCUCCGACCAUAUUUCCGGGUGAUAAUCGGACGACUAAAUGGAACAUGUUGUCCGGAACGUCCAUGUCUUGCCCCCAUGUGUCGGGCGUAGUUGCACUCAUCAAGUCUGCCCAUCCUCUAUGGUCUCCAGCUGCAAUUAGAUCGGCCCUGUUGACCACGGCCCACAACACGGACAUAUAUGGUGAUGGCAUAGCAAUUGAAGCAUCCGAGAAAUCAGCCGACCCGUUUGACAUCGGAUCGGGACACAUUGAUCCUCUCAAGGCUUUGGAUCCGGGUCUUAUUUACGACACCACCACACAAGACUACGUUAAUUUCCUAUGCAACAUGGGCUUUUCUGAGGCCCAACUACAAGCCAUGGUCAUAUGCCCACAAGUACGGUGCCCAGAGCAGCCCGAGCCCAAUUGGAACAUAAACUACCCGUCCAUCUCCGUGUCCGACCUCAGGUGCGUCACCACGGUCAAGAGAAGUCUGAAAAACGUGGGGCAUUUGAAAACGGCGGUGUACUAUGUUAGUGUGGUGAAGCCUCAUGGCGUCGAGGUAGUGGUUUGGCCCAGGGUAUUGCUGUUUUCGCCUUUUAAACAGGAAAUAACGUAUCGUGUGACCAUGAGUCCCCUCAAGAUAUCGCGCGGUAGAUAUGAUUUUGGCUCAAUUACGUGGUCCGAUGGGUUCCAUCAUGUUAGGAGCCCUUUGGUUGUGCAGGUUAACACUAAUGAGCUUCUAACCACAUCAGUUAUUUGAUGUCUAAAAUUCCGUACUACUCUCUCUCUAUGUAAUCGACGAUAUGAUGCCACUUCUUUUACUUAAUACAUUAUAUUUUCUUUA